AUGACACUGCUUCCCCUCGAGGAACCAGCAGCUGUAAGAAUUGAGAACCUCAUCGUUCAGCUCUCUACCAGUCUGAAGGCGAAGCCAGAUGUGGUUGACUUUGGGACAGUCUUCACGGACCACAUGCUGACCGUGGAGUGGAACGCCAAUGGGGGCUGGCAGACUCCCCUCAUCAGGCCCUUUGGGGGCCUUUCCCUUCACCCAGCCUGUUCAGCACUGCAUUACGCCGAUGAGCUCUUUGAAGCCCUGAAAGUGUACCGAGGUGACGACAAGCGCCUCCGCCUCUUCAGACCCCUAUUGAACCUGGAGCAAAUGUCAAAGUCUGCAAAGAGAGCUUGUCUACCUGAACUAUGGAGGGACUUAGUUGACUGUCAGCAGGUUCUGUGGCUGUAUGGAGAGAACCACCAGAUAACCGAAGGAGGAACCAUGAAUAUCUUUCUGCACUGGAUCAAUGAGGACGGAGAUGAGGAACUUGCGACAUCACCACUAGAUGGCAUCUUUCUUCCAGGCGUCACUAGGCAGAGCAUCCUGGACCUUGCCAGAAAAUGGGAUGAGUUCAAAGUGUCGGAGCGAUACCUGACGAUGGGCCAGCUGUGCUCGGCUCUGAAGCAGCAGCGUCUUAAAGAGAUGUUUGGCUCUGGCAGGAUCUGCCAUAUAGGAAACAUUGUGUACGAAGAAAAAUCAAGGAUUGCAACAGAACUGACAGAUGUACAGCAUGGCCGCUCCACGAGUGACUGGACGUACCUUGUGUGA